UUUCUACAGAUGAAAGAUGAAAUGAAAAAAGCAGAAGACAAUGUCUCUACUGUCACCCAAUUUGUACUGAUAGGGUUUUCUGACCUUCCAAAUCUCCAGAAGUUUCUGUUUGGAGUGUUCUCCAUAAUUUAUCUAAUUAUUAUCAUUGGAAAUAGCCUCAUAAUAAUAUUAACCAGACUGGAUCCCGCAUUACAGAAACCAAUGUAUUUUUUCCUGGCAAAUUUUUCCUUGCUGGAAAUCAGCUAUGUGUCUGUCACUCUCCCCAGGAUGCUAUUCAAUCUCUGGACUCAGCAGAGACGCAUUUCUUUGUGGGAAUGUGCCAUCCAGAUGUGCUUCCUUCUUAUGCUGGGCGCCACUGAAUGUUUCCUCCUGGCGGUGAUGGCUUAUGACCGCUAUGUGGCCAUCUGUAACCCUCUGCACGAUACUCUAGUCAUGAAUGAAAAGACGUGUACCCAGUUAGCAGUGGGCUCCUGGGUCACUGGAAUUCCAAUCCAGAUAGGCCAGACUGCUCAGAUAUUCUCACUGCAUUUUUGUCAUUCUAACCGAAUUUACCACUUCUUCUGUGAUCUACCCCCUAUUAUCAAGCUGGCCUGUGGGGACACCUUUGUGCACGAGAUGUCUGUCUAUGCGGUAGCUAUGUUGUUCGUUGUAAUCCCUUUCAUGUUGAUACUUUUCUCCUACAGCAAAAUUAUUUCCACUAUUCUAAAACUACCAACAGCCGCAGGAAGAUCUAAAGCCUUUUCUACAUGUUCAUCCCAUCUCUUGGUGGUAAUUUUGUUCUUUGGAUCUGCUACCAUCACCUAUUUAAGACCCAAAUCUACUCAUUCUGCAGAACUGGACAAGCUACUCUCUCUUUUCUACACUAUUGUGACUCCCAUGCUUAAUCCCAUGAUAUACAGCCUUAGAAACAGGGAUGUUAUUGAUGCAAUGAGAAAAUUAUUGUUUAAAAAACUUGUUUGA